CGGCAUUGCAUUUGCUGACAUCACUCAUGUUUGCGCAUUAUAUAUGCCUUCAUAAGCCAGAGAUAUCGAGCCAAUCUGAACGUCAUAUCGGAUUGUGGUGUCCCCGUCAAAUAUGCAUAUGGCACGAUCGCAAUUCUACGUGCAAGAGAUGAGAUUGGCUGAUUUCGAAGGAAUUUGGAUUUGGAUUCACAUUCGAAACGCGGUCACGUGACCAACACCAACGCGAUAUGACUAUUUAGCGUGCGUUAGGACGCGUGGCCAUUGGCCAAUACAUUCCGUGCGACAAGCUUUGUCCUUUUGUCCUGCCAUGGGAAAAAUGCGAGUGACACCGGAAUGACGGACGGUCGUCAUACAAAUCAGGACCAGACUCCCCUUUACACUGUCCGUUCCCGACGCCGAUCUAGACCUCCUUCACAAGAAGCUCGACUUGCGAGCCUGCCCGAUGAGCUCGAUGGCGAGAAGUGGCAGUACGGUGCGCCUCUUGUCGAUAUCAAGCGGCUAGUUGCGCGUUGGAAAGAUAGCUUCGACUGGCGAAAGGCAGAAGUGAAUAUCAAUGCUUUGCCACAGUUUACGACAGACAUUGAGGCAUAUGAGUUCGGGAAGUUGAACAUCCACUACGUGCACCAGAAGAGCUCGAUCGAAAAUAUGCUCCACUCUUCUUCCUGUACGGAUGACCGGGUCAUUUUCUCGAAGUACGAAAACUACUUCCGCUAUUGGGGCCGCUUCGCCAGAUCAUCCGAACUCUCGCGUCAUCGCUCCCACUCUACCAAAUUUUGGGCCACCCAAACAGAGGGUGUCAAGAAGCGAGGACUUUGUGGAAAACAAACUCAUGCUGGCGCUCGGAUGCAAGGAGUACGUCGUAAAAAGAGGAGACUGGGAGCACAUGAUAGGCAGACUGCUAGCGGAGAACUAUGGACACCAAGGUGUGAAGGCCUGGCACACGAUUCUCCCGUUAGCAUGUUCAGACCUCCGUGCCCAAAGAAGCUCCCUCAUCUGUGGCUCGCAUACCUCCUGACACCAUAUAGCCAGGUAGAGUGCGGCGGCCUCAAACGUAUGAAGCAAUUCAACGCGAAAGGGUAGGGCAACUUCUUCGAGCAGUCGGCUCAGCUGCAGACAAUUGGAUACUCCCUCGACUCCCUGGUCGGUCUUCUCGCGUGAAUUUACGAGAAGCUAGUAUCAUGUACGGAUGACUAAACCGUGGGAGGACGACGAAGUGCUCACCUGAUUCUCUGUGUACUGCUUCUCGCGUGCCAGACCAACUGCAUCCGUACGUACCUACGAAGUGAUUCACCCCGCAUAGCUGCGCGCAUGCGAUAGAAAAUAUGAUCUUCG